AUGUUCAGUCCUGAACUCGCUCCGGUCUUUAUUGAGGAGCUCAAAGGGAAGCGUGUCAUUCGCAAAUCCCGGAAACAGGUCAGUGCAUCGACAAAGAAGGAGUCACAAUAUAUCAAGAAAACAUUUAUUUAUCGCGGAAGCUUCUUUGAAUUCUGCAGUACUUUACUUGGGUUCUACUUCAUGUUCAUAUUUUCAAUUCAGGUCUGGAUUCUGAUUUCACGGAUAGAGAUUAAAAAUGGAACUUGGUCACUUAGUCCAGCUGAAAGAACCACAUGGUGGUUUGACCAGGUGGAAAACUUGGGUGACGAGCUGGUAAAGUUUUAUAUCAAAUCUACAUCAAAAAUUUCACAACCUGAAUUUCAGAAUAAAUAA